CCUAUCAUAGUGCUCAUCUCAUAGUGCUCAUCUCAUAUCAUAGUGCUAGGCCUACAAUGCUACAUGUCUCUGUGAGGGGCUUAGGCCUACCUACUCCCAUUCGCCGUCUCUGUAUUCAAAAGUUUGUUGGAUAGAGACUCGACUAAAGACUUCCGGGCCGGGCACUAUAAACGUCGAUCUGUCCAGGACCAGGGAUCUGUAUCAUAUGUUUGGACGUCUUUUUGAUUUGAAAUCCGCGGGUUUUAAACAUUUCUUCUACUCCUCAGAAAAGCCCGGAUGAACAAUAACGUGACCUUGAGGCAGCCAUCUUUGAAAUUUAUCUGGUGUAAAAUUUUAUCAAACAAAAUUCAAUUUUCGAAGACGACAUGGCAUCGAAACGAGUUGCAAGGUCCGUCGUGAACUGGGGCCAGUUUGCUGAACGUGUUCAUCCAAAUCAGAGAGAGUACUUCCGAGCAUUCAAAGCGAAGUCUGAGAAUUUCGUAAAUCGGGUGCACAAAAAUCCAGAAAGCCUACCAAAAAUAGAUUUUGACUUCUACAAAGCAAGAAUAGCAAUCCCAGGCCUAGUUGAAGAGAUGCAAAAGGGGUAUGCUGCAUUGAACAUAAGCUAUCCCACAGACAAACAGAAUCUGAAGAGUAGCAUAGACACCGAAUCCAAAGCUGCUGCUGAGAAGUUAACUGAGCUGAAAGAUGUUGCUGCCAAAAUGAGACAGGGAGCACAAGAUGUUAUUGACAAGAUAGACAAACUGCCAAGCCCUGAUGAGAUGACUAUGGAGAUGUAUACUGAUUACUUCCCAGAACAGAAACUAGAUCCCGAAAACAACCCUACAUUCUGGCCCCACACUAAGAACUACCAACCUGGGCCACACAGUGAUGCCAUUAAUUAACAAAAAAACAAUUAGGCUAAUUAAAUAAUUAUUUAAUGAACUUUGUAGAUUGGAAAAGCUAGCAAGGAUUAGUGUUUUGUUCUAAGCUUGAAUUCAUGAGUGAUUUUGAUUCAUAAAACUUUAAAUUAAGUGUGGUUUUCAUUCAUUUGAUUUCACCAAUAUCUUAGGCACACUCUUAAGUAUAGAAACUCUACACAUGUAGAAGGUUCAGAGAAAUUGAAAUGGAAAUUGCCAAAUGGAAUUGUUAUUGAAUAAAUUAAGAUAAGAACAUAUUACAUAUUUGUUCACAUUUUAUGUCACUACCAGAAGUUGUGACAUACUUAGAAUAUCAUCAAAACUCCUUGUAGACUUUCCUCUCAGUGCUGCAUACAUAUAGGGUGUCUAGGAAUUAAAUAUAAUAUACUCUCAUUUUGAGGAUGCCAUUUCAAAAGUGUUCCAUGUUUAGAUUGCACGGGUUACUAGAGUAUCCGCGUAUAUUGAGUAUGACCAGUUCUAAGCUUACGAGUGUGACCGUAUUUCUGUUCCUAUAAACAGACUAGGUGAGUACUUGCUUUUUAUGAACACUUUCGAACGUUUUCUUUUUAUCCUACU